AUCAAGCGUAAAAGGCCGGACAAGGUUUGGGAUCUGCACAUGCCGAAAUAAAUCUAAAUAUUUCGCUAAAUUCGCCUUAAAAAGAGUUGGUUUUCGACAGACCUUUACCUUCAGACUUAAAAAUGGACCUCGAACUGAAAAAGGCAUUCACGGAGAUGCAGGUAAAUAAGAUCGAGUCUACGAAGAAGAUACGUUUGCUUGAUAUGAAAACGGAUAGCUUGAAGCUAUCGAAACAGCGUGUCGAAGUAACUAACAAGCACGUUUCCACGCUAGCUCCGGAUACUAAGGUGUACUCUUCUGUCGGAAGAAUGUACGUGCUGAGUGAUGUUCCGGCGCUGGUGGAACAGAUGAAAAGCAAGCAAACAUCUUUCGAAGAGAUGAUUGCUCAGUGCGAGAAGAACAAAGAUUUUCUUAUAAAAAAUCUCAAGGAACAAGAAGAAAGUCUUCGAGAACUGGUACAGCAGAAGAAGGCAGAAACCGAAACGAAUGGAAAGGGGGCUGAAUGAACAAUGAAAUAAACAGGACCGCUCUAAGAAG